CCGCCCCCCGGGCGGCGACAACAACAUCCGCCUGCGUCACUUCCGUCCGCUGCUCGUCAAACAUGGCGCUGCUCCUAAGGACGUUCGUCCGUCAGGGUGUCUGUCUCGCCAGGCCACAGUGCGGUGUCCUCUACAGACAUGCCGCUCCAAUGGGAACCACGGCGAAGGAGGAGAUGAACAAGUUCUGGGCCAAAAAUACCAAAUUAAACCGACCCAUGUCCCCACAUGUCACCAUCUACAAAUGGUCCGUCCCCAUGGUGAUGUCCAUCACACACAGAGGAACUGGUGUGGGGCUCAGCGGAGCUAUCUCGGCCUUUGCGCUGGCGGCGAUGGUGUUGCCGGGCGGCUUCCCCGGCUACCUGGACCUGAUCCACUCGCUGUCCGUCGGCCCCUUCCUCAUCGGGCUGGCCAAGUUCGGCAUCUCCUUCCCAGUGUCUUAUCACACCCUCAACGGCAUCCGCCACUUGUACUGGGACAUCGGGAAGGGCUUCAAAAUCCCUGAGGUCUACCGCUCCGGCUACACGGUUAUCGUCCUGUCCGUCAUCGCCUCCGUAGCCCUGGCUUCCCUCUGAGCGCGGCAGGAGAGAGAGCGGCGGCAGCGGCGGUCGUUGAAGGGAAUGCGGACUUGGAUGCACACGGAUGAAGUUUUUGCGUAUAUAUGUUCUGUUCUGGCUCCGUUAAGUAAAAGUAAUAAAUAAAGAAUUAUAUUGUGCUUUA